AUGGCUGACGUUAGGAAGUCGUCGCGAGCGACAAAAGGACAACACCCGAAAGCUCAUGAGCUUGAUCAACCUAUCGAAACAAAAAAGAAAGGAAAGAAAGGUGGAAAAAAGACAGCUAUUCAAGAAGAGGAGGUUGAGGUUAUACGGUGUGUCUGUGGAGUUACUUCGACUACGGAUGAUGAUGAAGCUGCUUGGAUCGCUUGCGACAUUUGCGCCGUAUGGCAACAUAAUGUUUGCGUAGGUGUAAGUCCAUAUGAGGAAGACACACCAGACAAAUACACUUGCGAACAAUGUGCGCCAGAAGCCCACAAGGAACUCCUGGAUGGAAUUGCUAGAGGUGAACAGCCUUGGAUCGCAAGGCAAGAGAAGCACGAAGAGGAAAAGGCAGAGCAAGAGAGACAAGAUGCUGAGGAGGCGGCAAGGAAGAAGGGCAAGAAAGGCAAGAAGAGAACAAGCGACCAAAAGCGCGAUGUAACUCCUGCGAAUGGAAAGAUACAGUCCCCCUCAGUUCCAGCCAAGAAGGAAACACAGAAGGAUUCGCCUGCAAAGGCAUCCAGUCAAAAGCGCAAGACAAGAGAUGAAUCCCAAGAUAAAGAAGCCAUCAAAGAAUCUUCGACUAAAGUCCGCAAGACUCUGUCUCGUCCUACACCGAGAGCUUCUCCGCCAUCAGACUUGCCUAGCAAAAUCUCUGAACUCGAAGCAGAGCAACAAGGCCAGGUUACUUUGAUUAAGAAGGGUUUACUUCAAGCCAUUCCACAUGCUAUUGAGGAGCGUUAUUAUACCUUACGAGCCGACGACACCAUUGACGCAAAGGCCGAACGACUUGCCAUUCAAAUCGAAGCAGCUGUUCGUAGUACACACCCUAACAAGUCAGCCUCCAUCAAACAGAUCCGCUCGAUAUUUCUCAAUUUAAAACAAAAUCAAGAAUUAUGUAAUGGUUUGUUGUCGCAAUCAUUAUCACCUCAGGCCUUGGCGGUUAUGACAACAGAUGAUAUGGCAAGUAAGGAGUUGAAACGUGAAACAGCACUCAUGAAAGCAAGAGCCGAUAAACAAUCUAUUAUGAUCACAGAUGAUGGUCCACGGAUUCGAAGAACUCACAAAGGUGAGGAAAUAAUCGAAGACGAUACCAAUCCUAAUGAAUAUCCUGAUAUUCCAAUGUCUGCAGCACGUCGAAGGGAAAUGUUGGAUCCGAAUGCUGGUAUGGGUGAUAGAUCUAGGUCUCACUCGCCCGAAAACGAGGUUGAAGUACCAGAAAUUCCUGAAGACUAUCCAUCACAUGACAAAGUCCGCACUUUGUCAACUCCCAAAACACCUUUGAAUAUCGAUACAAAGCAACCGGCUCUGAGAAAGGGCUCAACGCAAAGUUCCGCAACAGGAACUUUUGACAUUGGCAAAGUCUUUUCGAGUGUUCAAUCGCCUCAUCCUUCCACCAACAAACAACGUGAUGCCGAUCAUUAUAGAAGGGCAUCGAACGCACCGCCUUUGAAUGGACCUGGAGAUGAUCCUGAUGUUGACAAAAUGCUUCAAGAUGAUGAUGAAUCCCCGCCAUACUCUCCAGUUGAAGACCCCUCAGAUCCAGACAUUGUUUGGAAAGGUACAAUGAGCAUGGAUUCGGUAGCAAAAUUUUCAGCAUAUGCUAAACAAGUUGCUGGUCCAGAUUUGAGUCGCAAUCGUAUGCAAACUCCAUGGUCUGAACUGCUUCAUAAAGAUUUAAAGGUUCAUGGUAGAAUUGAUGCAGACAAAGCCAAUGAAUAUUUAUGUGGUCUUCGAUAUAGUCCGCCAUCUGAUGUAAUUGUCAUCAACAUAACACCAACUUCUGGAUCAUCGGAUUUUCUUGACUUGUAUAAUUACUUUCAUGACAAGAAACGUUAUGGAGUACUUACUAACAAAGGUCCGGGAAAUGUACGAGAUACAUAUUUAGUUCCAGUCCCUCCUGGACCUGGCAAUAUCCCAGACUUUGUCGUCAAUCUUGCAGAACACAAUCUACCAGAAGAUAGACCAGAGCCUUCAAUAUUAGUAACUUUGGUUGUACGUAAUGGAUGGGAACAACCUUCACGGAUCCAAUCAUUCGAUGGUGCAACCGAUCCCCACAGCCCUCUUACUGCGGGUGGUAUUGCUCAACGCCAAUUGUCAAUCAGUCAUUCGGGUCCAGGUAUGUCUCCUAGUCCUGUUACUCCUCAGGGUUCUUUCCAGCCAUCUUUUGUUGGAAAACCUGAGGAAAGACGUCAACAACAGAACUUAGAAGAGCAAAGACGAAUUGCUCAAGCGGAAGGUGAAGCUGUUGCGUUGAGAAUACUGGGUGAUUACGCAAGGGCUCCGACAGUUGGUUUCUUAAUGCCACAGGCUUAUCAAAUGAGGGAUCUGGAAUGGCAGGCUAUUAGAAGUAUUUUGGAAAGAGACGAGAAGGCGCAAAAUGAUUUAAAACAUCUAAGUGAGGUUCUGGCGAGGACGGGUCCGGCGUAA